GCUGGACCCGGUGACGUUGGCUAACGAGCUGUUGGCCUUCGUCACCAGCAAAGACUUCGACACCCAACUCUCCGCCGACCGCCUCGACGCCUUCGAACACGAGGUCCUCGUCAAACGGAGCAGCAGGGUCCCCCGGAGGAGGGACAACCGCUACGGUGCUGGAAGCCUUGACGAGGAAGAGGAGGAUGAGCUGCUGGACGCUUACACCACUCCAUCCAAGGGUUCCCAAAAACGGAGCAAUUCCACCCCGGAAAACCCCCGGCCCAAGCGGACCCUCUCCUCCCGCAGCCCCUACACGCUUUUUUCUCCCAACAGCUUCUCCCCAGGCGUCACCCCCUCCCAAAAAUAUACCUCGCGGAGCAGCCGGGGUGAAGUUGUGGCCUCGUUCGGCUCCGUCCACGGUCCCUCCUGGAACGGUGGCGGUGGUCGCGGUUGUACCCCGACGGUUUUUGUUUCCCCCCCGGAAGAAAAUUUAACGAAAAACUACAAAUUUAUGUUCCAAAAAGCGUUUGAUAUUCGGGAAGCGCUGUCUUGGAGGAUCGAGGAGCUCGGUGACGUGCUGAAGAGUCACCAUCACCUGGACGACUUCGCCUCGGUGUUACUCCCGGCGCAGGAACCGGUGACGGUGCUGGGUCAGAUCGGCUGCGGCAGCAACCGGGAAGCACAAGCCCAGUCGGUGGUGCUGGAGGGCGACCGAGAACACUCCUCUGGCGGACAAAUCCCCCUCGACCUCUCGGAGCUGAAGGAAUAUUCCCUCUUUCCCGGCCAGAUCGUGGCGCUGGAGGGGACCAACACCACCGGGAGGAGGAUGGUAGUCUCGAAAGUCUACGAGGGGGUACCACUUCCCUUCCAUGCGCCGCUGGAGCCGGCUCCAGAGCAGCGGAUGGUGCUGCUGGCCUGCGGGCCCUACACCACCUCCGACAGCAUCGCCUACGACCCGCUCGCUGACCUCAUCGACGUGAUCGGCCGCGACCGCCCCGAUGUCUGCGUCCUGUUUGGGCCGUUCGUGGAUGCCAAGCACGAACAAGUGGAGAAUUGUCAGCUCCUGGGGUCCUUCGCCGAGGUCUUCAAGCUCUGCCUGAAGACAAUAAUCGAAGGGACGAGAAGCGCCGGCUCGCAGCUCGUCUUCGUCCCCUCGUCGCGGGAUGUGCACCACGACUGCGUCUACCCCCAGCCGCCGUUCUCGUACCCCGAGCUGCCAAGGGACGACAAACCGCGCGUCCGCUUCGUCUCGGACCCCUGCACCCUCGACAUCGACGGCGUCGUUUUCGGCCUGACCUCCACCGACCUCCUCUUCCACAUGGGUGCCGAGGAGAUCAGCAGCUUAUCCGGGAUCUCGGACAGGUUCACGCGAAUCCUUAAGCACGUCCUGAUGCAGAGGAGUUACUACCCGCUGUACCCCCCCUCAGAGGAGCUGAAUGUUGACUACGAGAGCUUCUACAGCUACGGCUCGUUACCCGUCACACCGGACAUCCUCGUAACCCCCUCGGAGCUGCGGUACUUCGUUAAGGAUGUGCUGGGCUGCGUUUGUAUCAAUCCCGGCCGGCUGACGAAGGGCCAGGUCGGGGGUACCUAUGGCCGCCUGUACAUACAGCGGGAAGGCACCGAGGGCGAGCGGAAGAGUCCGUGUGUAGCCGCUCAAGUCGUUAAAAUCUGA